AUGCCGCUUCACGGCAGCAUUAUGACCAUCGACGCCGGUAGUCCGACAACGGUGUCCACAAGCGUGUUCGAGGAGAACAUGACGUGGUCUCGACCGACAACCGGUGGCUCGCAGUCAAACGCAAACGAGGCCCUACCGAGUCGAACGAUCCUCUACGAGGACCAUCUCCGCCGAUUUCUAAGAUUAGCCACCACUUUUAGCAUCGAAGACAAGGGGAUUCUGAACGGUGAUCGAGAACCAAACGGACAAACGAUUGGAUCUAACGGAAAUAAUACCGAGGAGACGAUUCGACAUCAGGUAGAAACGGAUAGGACCGGUUGUGCCUGCGAUAGACUGAACCCAGGAGCUAGAUUUGGGGAUCGGGAUACCUUACUGUCUGGCGCGUCCUCCGGUUCACCGCCGUACCUGGCGUCGAACGAUACCGACCAGGUAGCCGGCAGUGGUGAGGGAAGUACCGUCGACCUGGACGACACCACAGCGAUCGGUGUUAGUAGCACCGACAAAGAGGACGCGGCAGGACUUAGAGAGCUGGAACUACUGUUCGGUCUAGGGGGCAUCAUGGAAGACCUCGAUGGAUCUUACAACGACUCGUUAAAUCAGAGUCUGAUGGUCCCGUGGAACAGUACUCAUUACAACGACACGUACAUCGUCCUCGGUGAGGGAUUAUACCCAUCCGGUUACACAUUGCCGCAUAUAAUACUGGCCUCCGUCCUCGCGACACUGCUAAUGAUCGUGAUCGUGGUCGGGAACAUGCUUGUGAUUAUCGCGAUCGCUACCGAGAAGGCGUUGAAGAAUAUCCAGAACUGGUUCAUAGCCAGUCUGGCUGUCGCCGAUUUCUUCCUCGGGCUAGUGAUCAUGCCGUUCUCGCUCGCGAACGAGAUCAUGGGCUAUUGGAUCUUCGGGUACUGGUGGUGCGACAUUUAUUCCGCGAUGGACGUGUUACUGUGCACCGCGAGCAUCAUGAACCUUUGUCUGAUCAGCCUGGACAGGUUCUGGAGCAUCACGCAGGCGGUCAAGUACCUGAAGAAGAGGACACCGGCCAGGGCAGCGCUGAUGAUCGCCCUUGUGUGGCUGUUGUCCGCCCUGGUCUGCAUCCCACCGUUAUUGGGAUGGAAGAGGCCAACGCCUGCUGAGGAGUAUCCCAAGUGUAAGGUAAGCUAG